AUGACCACCGCAACCAUUAAGAUCGACACUGCUCUAUUUAUUAGGUUAGCAAAACUUCCGUCAGAAAUCGUUGCUUAUAUCAUUGGUUUCUUACCGAAAUGUAUGUUGCCAGAAUUAUUGUACUUCCCACCAAUUAAGGAGAUUGUUGUAUCAACAAUUUUUUCAGAUGUGAAUAUUGCUGAAGAGUACCUAAGGGAUAAGGCCAGUGAUGUACCAGGUGUUGGAUAUGGAAUUUGCUAUUGCGAUUAUUUCAAAGUCACACUCGACGAUUUAAAAAGGGGUAUUGAUCAAUGGAGUAUUUACCCAAGAUGCAUAUAUAUUGAUAAUGUGGAAGAUUUUCAAAAUGUAUGUGAUGACUUCCCUGAACUAUUAUUCAAAGCCCAGAGUAUCAAUGGUUCAUUUGCAGGGGAUGAGGGCCCAAAUCCAGAACCUUUCUUUAAAUUCUUUUUGGAUUUGAAUAUCAAGUUUGAUUCAUUAAGUUUAUCAAAUUUCUCUGAUCCACUCACAGUACCUCCUAUUGCUACAAGCAUUGAACUACUAAAUGCUUCAUUGACCAACUAUGUGAUACCGGGGGUAAAGAAGUUGGAUGUUGAUGCUGGAUCUGAUGAGAUGGAAACCCAAACAUACGCUUUUUCUUCUGAUUUGGAAAAUUUAUUACUCUAUACUAAAAGGUCGAUUGAAGUGACCUUACCUCAAACUUUGCGGAAACUAGAGGUAUACGCAUUUUAGAGCUCAGUGCAUUUUAUAUCAGAAGAGAUGGUUAAUUUGGAAUACUUAACAAUUCAGUUGCCAAAUAUUCGAACUUUUAAUGAAACAGGAAUAAUUGCUCCAAAUUUAAAAGAACUAAAUGUAAGAUGUGAUCAAUUGUCAAAUCUCGAGGAGUUGCGACAAUUCCAACAUUUGAAAGAAUUAGAAUUUGGAUUUUGUAAUUAUCCCUUUGGGUUGUUUGAUGAAGAUUCUUUUCCCGAGUUAGAAAGUUUUAUGUGCUGGGGGUGUCAUAUUCUGGAUUCAGAAGAUUGUCAUAACUCAUCAUUAAUUUUUCCUCGAAAUUUGAAGCAAUUAGCAAUUGAAUGUCCCGGUUUUGAAAAUGUUGAUUUCACCACGGCAAUGCUCCCACUUACAUUAACUAUUUUGCAUGUUUCUGGUCUAUCUUUUAAUGAUGGAUAUUUGGGUGAAAACUUACGGUAUGUUAAUGUUCAAGGUUCAAGCCUUGUAUUUAAAAAGAGAUUCAUAAUAUUCCCCAUGGUCGAAAAAUUCAUAUUGAAAGCUGAUCAUCUAACAUUUGAAAGUCUGGAUUUUAUGUAUCAUUUACCUGCCAGCCUAAUGCACUUGAACUUGUUCGCCUGUGAGCAGGGAAAGAUGAACCCCCUUGCACAAAAAGUAAAAUGGCCGUCGAUGUUGAGUGGUUUCGUCUUUCAGAACUUCAAAAUCAAUUAUGAGACAUUAAAAUUGUUGAAUAUGAAAGAGUCUAGAAUUGAAGAAAUUGAUAUUUGCGGGGGUGAUAUCAAGACAUUAGAUGCUGACCUAUUUCCUGUCAGUGUCAAAGAUCUAUCUUUAGUGCAAAUGGGAAUCGAGGAAGUGUUGGGCUCGUUUGAAGAUUUGGAAAAUCUACAAAAGCUUUCUCUACAAGGGAAUCAAUUAAAGAAAAUAUCACCCGUUAGAAUGCCAGUAUCAUCAUUGAGCUUUUUAGAUCUAAAACAAUGCAACCUUCGUUUGAUAUCACCAUUCGUGGUUUCAAUGUUUGAGGAAAAGAAUAAAAAUGUUAAGCUAAGAGUCAAUGCUACAGGGAACUUGAAUUUGAAUGUUUUUGAUGUAAGGAGAGCAUUGAAAGCAUCAAAAGGACUCUCAUUGAACGUUAACAAUUUUGAUAAAAAUUUGAUAGAGGUUUCGAAGCGUUCUACUCGUUUGUGUUGUGAGUAUGAGCUUCCUGAUCCUUAUUUUAAAGAAUCUGAAAUGGAAGAGGAGGUGGUGCUGGUUUCCGACUAUGAUUCAGACGAUCUCUAUAAUGGAAGUGGAUUUGAUCCGGAUGAAGAAUAUAUGGGGAUCAUAGUUUUAAGUAAAUAA